UAAAAGCUGGCCGCCGCUGAUGGGCCGCUUUAGUUUUUCACUCUUGCCCGCAGAAUCUUGUCAGCAAAAAGGAAAAUUAUUAUUGUCCCAUACUCCAUCGAUUUCUUUACGUAUUGAACAUCAGUCAAUUUGCACGAUGAAGGGAUAUUUUCUGGUUGUGUUAGUCUCACUAGUGGUUCUGGCCGUCGCUGAUGAAAAAUAUACCAGAAAAUACGACGACGUGAAUGUGGACAAGAUCCUCCAGAAUAAUCGCGUUCUCACCAAUUACAUUCGAUGUCUGAUGGACGAGGGACCUUGUACUGCCGAAGGCCGCGAGCUGAGAAAAACUGUGCCGGAUGCCUUGUCGAGCGGUUGCGACAAAUGCAACGAUAAACAGAAAGCAAUGACGGAAAAAGUGAUAGAUCAUCUCAAAACAAAACGAUCCAGGGAUUGGGAUCGUCUCGUCGCCAAAUACGAUCCAAAUGGCGAAUACAAAAAGCGCUACGAAAAAUCGUAAUUCCUUGAAAGUAUUUUAAUGAACAUUUCUUUUUUAUACGAAAAGCAAUGAAAAUCAUUGUAAGAUAUAAUUUGUUGAAAUAAUAUAAUAUUGUGUUAUGUUCAUUAUCAAAAUUACAAUUGAUAUUUAUGAAUAAUACAUGAUCGAUGACGCAAUCGAAUGGCAUUAAGUCAGUAUACAAAAGUUUGUUAAAGGUUUUAUUUGAUAAAUCAGCAGUUUUUGCAAUUUUAUGCAAGUUAUGUAAUAUGUCACUCACCGCUCAUAUCGUCAUCAUUUCUAAAUAAAACAAAAAGAUGCUAUGUUACACAAGUGUUUGUAAUAAAUGUAUUUGGCAAUAAGUAUACACACAGUUGUCGAUCGUAAAAUGAAGUUAUAAACAGAUAUAUCUGAAGAAUAUAUCAAGUAUGAUUCUUUCUUCCAGCAAUAUAUUUUUUCAUUCAACACGUCUCUUCUUAACUAAAGAACCAAGCUGAAACACAUAAAUAUCCAUAGAAUUUACAUAUAUUCAUAUAUAAAAAAUAAAUCUAACAAAUGCGAAGAUCCCCGAUUCAAAUAUUUAAAAAAUUAUAAAACUUUGAUAAUAUCUGAGAAAAUAUGCAGAAUUGGGUCUUAAAAAAAUUAAAA